UCCUGUCCAUACCUGCGGAGUGCCAGUCUGGAGUUUUCACGCCCGCUGUGCACCUGUACCAAGGAUCGGACAGGGCCAGCUGCCCUAAAGCAACUGCCUGGACCAUCUGUGGAUCAGAAGUUGCGGAAGGGACUGUUUUCUGUCCCUGUGGGUCAACAGGCAUGGGUAACAAUCACGCAACUUUGGAUGACAUCCUGGCUGAGGAUAUGCACCACUGGUAUAACAAAUUCAUGAAGGAGUCUCCGUCAGGCCUGAUCACGCUGUUUGAACUCAAGUCCAUUCUGGGAUUGCAGGGUAUGAAUGAGAAUGCAAACAGUUACGUGGACCAGGUGUUCUUCACAUUCGACAUGGAUGGGGAUGGGUAUAUAGAUUUUGUGGAAUAUAUUGCUGCCGUUAGCUUGAUGCUAAAAGGGGAAAUCAACCAGAAACUCAAGUGGUACUUCAAACUUUUUGACCAGGAUGGCAAUGGAAAAAUUGACAAGGAAGAAUUGGAGACUAUAUUCACGGCAAUACAAGACAUUACAAGAAACCGUGACAUUGAGCCUGAAGAGGUGGUGACUCUCAUUUAUGAAAAGAUUGACGUCAAUGGGGAGGGUGAACUGACGCUUGAAGAGUUCAUCGAAGGAGCUAAAGAACAUCCUGAUAUUAUGGAAAUGCUGAAGAAACUGAUGGACCUUACUCCAGUCUUAGUUAUCAUUGUUGACGGUCGAAAGAUGCCAACCAGGGAAGGUUAA